GUCUGAUGCUACUGUAAAGUGUCUUCUGGGAUGUCUUCAGUGAAGCAGGAAGUGCUACUGAAUUUCAGAGAGACUACAAAAAAGUUUUAAAAUUAAGUGUGGAGCCUCAAAAUGUUAAAGACAAUGGACACUAAAAAACUGAUUGGUAAAUCCCUUCAGCCAGCAAGACCUGCACGCCACCUGUCUUCACAGCAUGCUUCAACAAUUACUUUCAACUUCCAACCUGAAUUUCCAUGCAGCACUCAAGUAUGUUUACAUAGUGAAGUUAGCUGGUGGUAUGAGGCUACUGGAAUGCAGGUCUUAAAUCAAACUGUGAUCCCUAGUCAAUCAGAGUGCCAGGAGUCUGAAACCAAGAAAAAAAGAAUUAAAUACAGCAGAGAUUUCCUCUUGAAGCUUUCAAGUGUUUCGCUCUCUCAAAAGAAGCCGGAAUUUCUUCCUGAUCAUCCUAUUGUACUUGAAAAACCAGAAAAAAAUAUUUUAUUGCCUUAUGUAAGAAAUGACAGGUCCUUUUGAAGAUAAGAAAUCCAUCUUUUGGACAGCUAACAAUGAAGUGGAUUAAGGGCCAGAUUUUUAAAGGUAUUUAGGUGCCUUAAGAUGCAGAUAAGUGCUUAGUGGAAUUUACAGAAGCAUCUAGGUGCUUAAAUACUUUAAAAAAAACAAACGAGGAAAAAAAACUGGUCAUUAGUCAAGAAUGCCAAUAGAAUGUAAACAAAUUACAAUGGAUGUAAAUUUGUAUAUUUAAUUAUCAAAAGCAAGAAGUGUUUUCAGCACUGACAAACUCAGGUUCACUGAAUCAACUUGAUUUGUAGAACCACCAACUUUAAACCAGUAUUUCUGACUCAGAUUUUGUUUGCAAUAUUCAGAUUUUCAUUAGCUGUAAUAAUGGAACAGAAACACAAGUUGUAGUAAUUCUCAAACAUGACUUACAUCCAAGUAUAUUAAUUCUUGUAUUUUGAAAUUGACUUUGAUUGCUUUUCAGUAAUUCACAUUGACGCUCGGUGACCUCUUGCAUUCUGUGGCUAUACUACUAGUUUCUUUCAAGAUGUUUAAUAUCUUGACAUUUUAGUUUCAUUGAAAGGCAGCACAGUUUCCAUAAAACUAGAAUAUCCACCCAAACAAUCGUUGACUGUACAGGGGAGCUGCCUAUAGGGCAGUGGAUUUCAGGAACUGCAAUACUAACUAGUGUCAUCCAAUGAUACUAUUUUUCCAAAGUGAAAAUGGGAAGUGGUGACAAUGAAAAAUUGCAAGAAUCCUUAUCGGAAGUGCAUGCUAGUGAAAGUCUUGUAGCUGUUUCCUUAAAUAAGGAUUGUAUAAUGAAAAGACGCCUCAAAGUCUUUUAGUUAAUAAUGUACAGUAUUGCUUACAUAAGCAAAUACAGCUCUCUAAAUUGACUAACUUCAAGCAUAAUACAAAAAUUUUGGUCUAGCUACUUGUAAUAGGUUCUGUACUCAGAAUUGCAAUAAAGCUGAAAUUAAUCCUUUCACUCCUGAAAUUGGAUUUUUCUAGCAUCAUUUUGUUUUCUAGCAAAGGAUAAAUUUGAACUAGAAAUUGAACCAGAGGAAGGAUUAGAUAGAGCAAUAGUACUAAAAAUUUGCAAAGUUAGAUUUGUUAAAGAUGUGAUUAGCCUUUCAGUUGUCUUAAUAUUGUCUAAACUAUGCAAAAUAAGGUUCUCAAAAAAGUCCUGGAUUUUCACUUGGUGUUUGUCAUCUUUGUUUCUAUACAUACAGCAGCGGUUUCAGACAAUCAUUGUAAUUCUUUAAUGUCCCUUAUGUGUGUCAAUUAAAAUAUUUUGUGAGUCCAAUCUGUUUGUACACUUACAUUUAAAGCACACAGUGCAUCAGUUUGAAAAUCUUAAAUUUACAAAAGACAGAAAUAGUUCAACUAU